GGAAAAUUUUGACCCAUGCUGAAAGUUUUCCUCGGUUUUAAUUUGUUUUCGUUGAAAUUGUCCAGCCUACGGAGGACACUAUGAAUAGUAGUAUCAUGAAAACAGAAUACAUGUCCGCUCCAGUAACUGCAUUAGCCUUUGCUGGGGAUCUACUUCUCGCAGGUGAAGGUCCAUGUCUCCACCUGUAUGAUGUCACAUCCACAGAACACCUGCAGGUGCACCAGGUGCUGAAACAUGCCAACAUACAUGGCAUUAGAACAGAUGACGGUGGGAAAGACUGUUGGAAUGUUGCUUUGUUUGGACAAAAGACUCUACAACUAGUCCAAAUAAGACACAAUGAAAGUGCAGUACACAGAGAAAGUGUCCUUGUGAGACCAGAUCAUCAUGGAGAAUGUGAAGUUCAUGACUGGAUCUGGGAUGUCUGUUGGCUGCUUCCUCACCAAACACUGGGAAAGGAUGUGAGACAGUUAGCCUUGGCCCUUGGUCACAACACUGUGGUCUUAUGGGAUGCCAAGGCCAAGAGGAGCAUCAGAGAGGUUCACUGCCAGGAGAAGUGUAUUCUCUACUGUGCCCACUUUAUUGGCAGCUCCUGGCCUGACCUUGUGCUUGCAGCUGGUACUGUGUUCAGGGAGGUGGUAUUAUGGAAGCCAUUUGGCCAGGAGGAAGACCAAGAUUGUGUGUCUGUUCUACAGAGAAUAACUGGACAUCAGGGUGUCAUAUUUUCUGUGUGCUACCAUCCACCUACCGGGCGGCUGUGUACGGCAUCUGAUGACAGGAGUGUGCGGCUGUGGCAGGUGGCAGGGCCACAACAGCAGGUGCUGGACACCAGAAAAGAUAUGGGUACUGUUGGACAGUUUGAACUGGUGCUUGAAGUAUACGGCCAUGGCUCCAGGGUUUGGGACGUGCAGCUAACACAGGAUUACAUCAUCAGUGUUGGAGAGGAUGCCCAGUGCAUUGUGUGGAACAUGCAAGGUGAAAUAGUCAAAGCAUUCAGAGGACACAGGGGAAAUAGCAUCUGGAGUUUGGCUGUCUCUAAGCAACUACAGCUAGUGGCCACAGGAGGAGGGGACACCAGCAUCAGACUGUGGAGACUUCCUGACUCAGCCACGCCUCAGUCAGAGGCAGUUGGGACAUCCUCUACCCUGGAUCUGCCAUUAUCUUCGGGUGAUUUCCCUCGAUCCCUUGCAUCUUGUCUGGACCAUUUAUUCCUUGUGGUAACAGACCAGGGAUCACUAUACAGCUACAACACUGCCACCUGUCAAUGGAGCCUGGUACUGCAGGAUCCUGUCUACAGCUCCUACAGCCUAUUGGAGGUUUCUACUCAAGGAAUGGUUGCAAUGGGCAGCUUAGCAGGGACAAUCAAAGUCUUCUUCAUAAGCAAACCCAGUGCAUGCUGGGAAACUGCAGUGUAUGAUGGGAAGGUACUGAGCUUAACGUGGAUGGAACAGAGUGCUGAAACUGUCGCUUCACCUGGUCAUCUCUUGUCCUGUGGACCAGAAGGGGAGGUGAUCUGGUGGACCACUUAUACUGGAACGGAGGCGGGUAUUGCUGUCCAGAAGACAGCCACUUUUCAGCUGCCCUACAGCAGACAGCGCUGGCUAACCUGUGCACUGCUGUCACAGGCGGACAGCACAGUUGUGUGUGGGGACAGGAGAGGGUCACUUCACUGCUACAGGAAACAGGAAGGAGGUCAACCUACUCAGCCCUUCCAAAGUUUGCUGGGUAUCCAUGGGAAGACCGGGGUGACCUCUGUGCAGAUGUACAGAAGCCAUGUGUACAGUACAGGCAGAGAUGGUCACUACAGACAGUUUCAGCUGUGUGGUACAGGACAGCAACUGCUGAAAAACAACAGAGUAUACAAGGGCUUUGAUUGGUUAGAGAAACUGACCUUCUCCGAAGGUGGAGAGGUGCUUGCAAUGGGAUUCCACACUUCCAAUUUUGUAGUGUGGAGUCUGUCCACCAAUGAGCCCCUGCUGCAGGUCCAGUGUGGGGGAGGGCACAGAGCAUGGGGCAUUCUCCCCAGCUCCUGCCAGGGGGCGCUGUUUUCAUACAUCAAAGCUCGAUCCAUUCAGCUGACAAAGGGGCCCUCCAUCUCAGGCAACAAGAGGCUCAUUCUGAAGGACAGCUUACAUGGCAGAGAAAUUACCUGCCUCAAGUUCCUUGGCUGGGCAACAAACAAUGAAGGUGCUCAACAUGCCAUUUGUGCCACAUCAAGUGAAGACACAACCAUCAACAUUGUUGCACUAAAGUAUAAGCCACUAUCUGAGCUGGUGGUAUUGGACUCCAUUCAGGACCACAUUUCCAGUGUCCGAUGUCUUGCAGUCUGCCCACAGCAUGCCACCUCAGGGUCCAGCCAGUGUGCCAGCUCACCAAAACUACUCUUCAGCGGCGGGGGCAGGGCACAGCUCAAGUGUUACAGGGUGUCUGUGUCCAGCCGUUGUGGCUCGGGUGGUGGACGCAACAGAAAACAACGCUCUAAGAAAGAUACAUGCACAGCUCAAAACAUGGAGACCAACACACAACAGAUUAGACACCUACCCAAAGUAGAUGUUCCUGUCAAAGAGACACAAGGUUGUACGAGUGUGGACAGACUAUCAGACACAUCAGCUAGUAAAUCUGAUCCAGGAAACAACAGGAGAGUACAGGAGGAAAGCACUGAUGACCAUUGUGAUACCACUGAUACUGAACCGACCACCUCAGAUGUAGAAUGCCACAUUGAGUACCUCACAUCCCACAACCUUGUAGAGAGGAGAAAGAGGAAGAAGAAGUCUGGAGCAGCUCAGCUUGAGGAAGAAGAAGAAGUGGAGAUGAGAUACAUGGCACUGACGGCAUGGCAGGGGAGACAGGGGGAGACACAUGCUGCUCACCUGUACUUCGUGGCAGCUGCUUGCUCAGAUGGCUUCCUUAGAUUAUUUGUGUAUGAUGACAGAGAUAGAAGGAUGCGGCUCUUCUGUGUGAGUGACUUCCACCACCACUGUGUCCUCUCUGUGGAUCACUUCUUCACUACAACACCAGACGGAACCAUGCACACCUAUGUCAUAUCAGGGGCCACCGAUGGACAGACUGCUGUGUGGAAUGUAACACCUUUUCUGUCUUCUGUGUAUCAUCCUACCCACCACGACAUCAGGGUCCCAGAGAUGGUAGAGGCGAGUGCUAAAGUACCACAGAUUCUGUCAACGGGAACUACAGAAUCACAAGAUGGCACAAACGCUUCAACAAUAGACUCACCUGUUCUUAAGAUGAAGUUAAAUUCAGGUUUCCCUGGAAAGACUUCCAAACUGAAGAUGGACUCUCCCGAUGUGUUACUGAAGAAUCAUCAGUCAGGAGUGAAUGCUGUCAGCAUACGGAGGGUAGACAGUGACCAUUACCUGCUAGCCAGUGGAGGAGAUGACAACAGUCUGCAGGUUACAGUCCUGGCUGUGCAAGAAGACACUCCUAAUGAGCCUGUCAUUGUUACUAUGGCAACCAGCUCUGUCCUAUCUGCUCAUGCUGCCACAAUAACAGGUGUGCACAUUGUAGAUAACUGCACCAUCUUAACAACCUCUGUGGACCAAAGGAUGAAUAUGUGGAAGUGCCAAUUGAUUUUAAAACCCACAACACAGUGUCACCUAUCUUUCCUACAUGGGAAGUUUUGCCACAUUGCUGACAUUGCUGGACUGGAGUGUUGGAAUGAUGAAUGUGGACAACUGUACAUUGCUGUGUGUGGGCAUGGCAUACAGAUACUCAGCUCUACCCACCUGUGAUCUCAGCAUUUCCUGUCCAGUGUACUUUAAAACAAAUUGUACCCUCAUCAUCAAGCCCAAAUGCGCUUGUUUUAAAUGUAGGACAUCUAACAUUGUUAUUAAAAAAAUCCAACCUGCUUAAAAAUACUGUCCCCUAAUACCGAGUAGUAGUGUAAUAUGCUGACCCAAAGGUGCUGUAUAAAGGUAUAAAACAGAUCAUCUGACAAGUUAACCAGUACAUUUGUAUAUAGGCCACACCGACUUAAUUAUAUGGAUGACAUCCACAAGCGCUUUGAUUUUCACCUGUGAGCGCUGUGAUUUUCAACAAGUCCUCCAAGGUUCUGGCCUGGCUCUAGGCCUGGGUAGUCCAUGGUAGUUAGUGACAAUACAGAGCUGGUGGUAACUCUGGAGGAUGGCACCCAGGCUGCAGAAGCUCCACGGCAGCAAGAACUCAAAUUCCUCAAAAAGCAAGCAUGUGCUGGCUCGUUGUAUAUUUGCGCUAUGUACUGCCACAAAUUCACAAUACCUGAGCUUUGCAUUCCUGUGGUUUAGUAGCAUUUUUAUUUUUGGCCGGAAUUUUUUUUCAUUCCCCUGUGCGCACUAGUUGGGGGCCUUCAGAGGAUGUCAUUCAUAAAAUUUAGUCGGUGUGGCCUUAAGUGAAAUCCAUGCUGAAAAUAUUGAAUCACUAAUUAAACAGAUCUAUAGUCAUAUUCUGUGGCCAAAUAUACAUUUUGUAUGUGCUACCAGGUUGUAAAAAGGCAUACUACAUUAUUGCUCCCAAUUUUGCCACAGGUUUGACAGUUUUCAUUAAUGAGCUUUCAUGUUUCUUAGUUUGUUACAUGAGGUUUAGGGAUAGAUAAUCCAGCAUCUGUUUCCAUAAUAAUGAUAACAUCAAGUUUCUGACCUGACAUUUGCACACUAGAAUUGACAUGUGGGAGAGAGUGAGUGUGCAUCAUACAUGUUAGUCACACUCUAAUUCAUUGACUUCAUAACAACUGACAUUUCUGAUGUGGAGAAAAUGUGGAAUAAAAACAAACAUUCAGAGGAAGAAGGAAGUAUGAAGAUAAAAAUGAAAAUAGACAGUAGACAAUUCAGGAGCACAGAAACUCUAAUGUUCAUAAUUUUAUGUGAAACUGGAAAAAAUAUGAGUUUUGACCUGGUCUUGUGAUGAUUUGGUCUUGUGAUUAUCAUUACUUUAAAGCUUGCAUAUUGUUGGUGUUGCCCCCCAUAUGACCCUGAGUCAGCAUAAACCAAGGGCAGCUCAGUCUGCUCUGUGCACCUGCACCCAUUCAUGACCUGUAAUUGAUGUGUUUUUGAAGAUGUCUGUUUCCUCUUCUUGGUAAUGUGAGCACACAGAAAUCCCCUACCAGCCACCACAAGGACAGGGAUGAACCUCAGGGUGCCGAGUUGCUAUCAGCCUUGAAACAUUGACCCAAUUAUAUGGUCAGUGACAUUCAAUGCUAGUCACAUGUUUUCAAACUUACUAAUAUGGGAAAACUCAAGGUAAGAAAAGAAAAUUUGGUGUGAAGCAAAAAAUUCAUUUGUCCAACACAAGUUUUUGACUGUCAGCGAGGGACAGGGAGUCCCUGGCGGUUCAAAAGAAAUCAAUUUUGGGACACAAAUUGGAAAGUAUCCAAGAAGACGAUAAUUGAUGAGCCUCGUGAUGAGCCUCGGGGCCGGGUGCUGACUGAAUGCUCAGUCAACACAAUACUUGUACUUGUUUGUAGAGUGCACCUGUAGUUUCCUGUGUAUUAUCAACCUGUACAUGUAUACUCAACGUUUUAGCAGGAUCUAUUUCUGUGAAGGCAUUUCAAAAGAGACAAACAUGAGUAAACGAUGCAUUUGUACAAGAAAUAGAAUCAGAAUGCU